CUAAUAAAAAUUAAACAAAAAUUAGGAAAAACGCAACCCUUUGUAGUCUGAAUCUACCAUAUCACCCAUUGGCUUCAAUCUUUACCUACAUAUCUUCUUCUGUAGAUUAAAGAGCUCCACAGCCUCUCUUUCUCUCUCCCCCUUCUAAGUUCUAACUGAUUCACACACCAUCCUUUCUAUUUUUAGAUUCGCACACCAUCCUUUCUAUUUUUAGCAAAGCAAACUCCUAAAUUUCCUGAAACAGAGAAUCCCUAACAAUUCCCCCACUUUAUUUUUGUUGUUGUUGCAUCAAUUAGCUUAUCUAUUGCUGCUCCCUUUAUAAGCAGAAGAGGUAUAUGUCAGUUUCCUUGGAAAUAAUACCCAGCAAGUCCAAUGACUUGGGUUAGGGUCUUCUAUAAGUUCCCUAUUCAUUUUCUGCUAAUUAUCCCUAUGCCUGAGUUCCGUGUUCGAAUCUGGGCGUCCUUUCUGUUCUCUGUUCAGAAUUUGACUGCGUUUUGGGUUUCUUUGAAUUUCCUUCCAUGUUAACGGUGAGGCGUGGAAUAUUUCAGAUCUAGGAUUCAAUAGUUUGGCAAAUUUGGAAGAUAAUCGAGACAACGGUGAGUUGCUGGGGUGUAGAUGAACUUGAUGUUAAGAUAUUGUUUUCUUGGACUGCUACUGUGGGGGGAUUUUAGGGAGAGAAAGUUCAAUUUGACACUGCUGAGGGUUCUCUAGCAUUUCACUAUUUGGUUUCCUUUGAAAAUUUUAUAAGUGGAGCUGGAAGAGGAGAAGGGUAUAGGUUACUUUGAGAUGGAAGGGGAUGAAGUCUCAUUGGAUGGUACAAAGUGUUCAACUCCUGAUGAUUCAUUUAAUGUCAGUGCUAUGGACAUCAUGAAUUUUGAUGCAUAUGCUGGAUGGUGCAAUAGUCCUGCUACCAUGGAUCAAAUGCUUGCCUCCUUUGCAUUUUCACCCCUUACUCCAAUGGGAUAUACACAAUUUGAUGGAUUAAAUUAUACAGAACACAGCAAUGGAACUUUUCCUAUGAUGGAUGCUGCUGAUACCAUUGGAAGUUCAGAGGGUGGAGGGGAGAAGAUCAAUUUUCAACAGAAUGACCAGUUAAACUCGUUAGUUAGUUCUACGGAUGUGAAUGAUUCGGUUGCUAAUGCAAAGAAGAAUCAAGGCCAGAACUGUGUUGUGGAUUUUGGAAGUCCUAUGAUCCUAAAAUCACCUUCUGAACCACUUGCUGAGAAAAUGCUUACAGCAUUGGGAUUAUUCAAAGGGUCAUCUGGAGGAGGCAUCUUGGCCCAAGUUUGGUUUCCAAUGAAAGAGGGUGAUAAGUUCUUCUUAAGCACUUAUGAACAGCCGUAUCUACUUGACCAUGUGCUUGCUGGGUAUCGUGAAGUGUCAAGAAAGUUCACGUUUGAUGCCGAGACCAAACCAGGUUCUGUCCUGGGACUUCCUGGCCGCGUAUUCUCUUCAAGGAUUCCAGAAUGGACUUCAAAUAUUGCAUACUAUAGAGAGACUGAAUAUUUGCGCAUACAUCAUGCUGUUAGCCAUGAAGUCCGUGGCUCUAUUGCGUUGCCAGUUUUUGAGGAUGAUCAAGUUGAAACACCAUGUUGUGCUGUACUUGAAGUUGUCACUGUGAAGGAGAAACCUGAUUUUGAUUCUGAGAUAGAAAAAGUGUGCCGUGCACUUCAGGCAGUGAAUUUGAGGAGCAUUGCACCUCCAAGUCUCUCUCCUCAGUGUCUCUCAACAAAUCAAAAAGCUGCUUUAGCAGAAAUAACCGAUGUUUUGCGAGCUGUAUGUCAUGCACAUCGUUUGCCGCUUGCUCUCACAUGGAUUCCUUGUAGUUAUGUGCGAGGAGACAGUGAUGACAUUAGAAGAGUGCUUUUCAAAGGAUGCAUUGAAAAUUCAAUUGAAAAAUGCGUACUUUGCAUUGAGAGUACCGCUUGUUAUAUCAGUGACAAGGAGAUGGUAGGAUUUGUGCAUGCCUGCACAGAACAUUACCUGGAGGAAGGACAAGGAAUUGUUGGGAAAGCUCUUCAGUCCAAUCACCCGUUUUUUUACCCUGAUGUGAAGGAAUACCACAUUAGCGAGUAUCCACUUGCUCAUCAUGCACGGAAAUUUGGCCUAAAUGCUGCUGUGGCCAUUAGGUUACGGAGCACUUUUACUGGGAAUGCCGACUAUAUUUUGGAGUUCUUUCUUCCUGUCAAUAUGAAGGGAAGCACUGAACAACAGCUUCUUUUAAAUAACCUCUCUGGUACCAUGCAAAGGAUUUGUAAGACCUUGAGGACAGUGUCUGAUGCAGAAUUGAAGGGGGGAGACGGUUCUAAGUUUGGACUACAGAACGCAUCAAAUGCAUCGGUUCCAAACUUACCACCGUUUACCUUGUCAAGAAGGAACUCUCAGCAUUCAUUGCUAGAUAGUGCCUUGGAUCCUACUGAUGAGGUGCAUUUAAAUGUAUCUGGUUCAGAGAGUUCUGGAACGGGUGCCGAUGGUACUCAUCAAGAGAAAACUGGACCGAGAAGGCAGAUGGAGAAAAAGCGAAGUACGGCAGAGAAGCAUGUUAGCUUAAGCGUUCUUCAACAGUACUUCUCCGGGAGUCUCAAGGAUGCUGCUAAAGCCAUUGGUGUGUGUCCAACAACAUUGAAACGGAUAUGUAGACAACAUGGUAUUUCAAGAUGGCCAUCCCGCAAGAUAAACAAAGUGAAUCGCUCUUUGAAGAAAAUACAAACUGUACUUGAAUCUGUCCAAGGGGUGGAAGGAGGAUUAAAAUUUGAUCCCACCACUGGAGGGCUUUUGGCUGCUGGCUCUAUCAUUCAAGACUUUGACACCCAGAAAAGUGCGCUCUUCCCCUGCAAAGACGUUUCCAAAGAUAAGGAUUCACUUAUCCAGGAUGCGGGACAACCCGCUUCCUGCUUUGAUGGCGGGAGUCCUAUAAUAAAAAUGGAAGAGGAUUGUCCGAAUCUUCUUAGGCCAAGCUCUUAUAAGGGAGAACAUAAAUCUACCCUAGACUGCUAUGACUCCAAAUUGGCUGCCCUAGAUGCAGGUCCAUCGUGGCCUGCUAGUAUGAACAACAUACCAUGGACUGGUUCAGGAAAUGCCGCCUUAGAUUCUUCACUCAUUAAAGGAAGCAGUAGUAGAUGGGGGUUAAAUAAUAGUAACCUCAAGUCGGAGAAUUCCGACUCCCGUUUUGUUUCUCAAUGGUCAAGCUCCAUGGUUGUUGGCGAUGAAACAGAGGCAAAGAUGAAAAGUGCCAAUCAAGUUGCGGGAGAUGAUGGGGUUGGAGAGCAUAACCAACCCACAUCAUCGAGCAUGACGGACUCAUCAAACGGAUCCGGGUCAAUGAUGAAUGGCAGCUCCUCGAGUUCCCCAAGCUUUGGUGAACCGAAGCACUUGAAAACUGAAGUGAGCUGCGAGGACAGUGGUUCCAAAAUGACCGUAAAAGCUACAUACAAAGAAGACACAGUCCGUUUUAAAUUCGAUACCUCUGCAGGGUGUUCCCGACUCUACGAAGAGGUUGCGAGGCGGUUUCAGCUGCAGAACGGGACGUUCCAGCUCAAGUAUCUUGACGACGAAGAGGAAUGGGUGAUGUUGGUAAGUGAUGCUGAUUUGCAGGAGUGUAUCGAGAUCUUGGAUUUCCUAGGCACUCGGACCGUAAAAUUCCUUGUCCGCGAUGCAUCCUGUGCCAUGGGUAGCUCUGGAAGCAGCAAUUGCUUUUUGACAACUACUUAAAUUCUAUAGCAGAUAGUAUCUGGGAGGGAAGAUUCUCCUUUGGAUGCUCGGAAAACGGGGAUUCUCCAAGAUCAUCAGGUAUUCUUUUGUUGAUGCAUUUUGCAGCUGUAGACCUUGGACUGAAAAUUCAUCUGGUUUUGUUUGUGGAAACCAUUUGAUGGGUGGAUAUGAUGUAUAGAAAGCAUCUGAAUAAAAUUCAAAGAAAGAAAAAAAAAAAAAGUGGUUUAGUCUAUCUGUUUCUAUGGAAAAAAUAUGGUAGAACUAUACAAGUUGUUUAGGUAGCUCUAUUAGAGUUUUAAAGUGUGUGGUGGUUGUAAAUAUGUAGUUCAGUUCAAGCAGGAUAGUUAAAGUAUUAAUUAGCAUGUAAAAUGCCUUCUAUCAACAUAUAAACUACCUUCUUUUUCUGGGGUUCAUUCAUUUAAUAUACUUCAUCUCAUUUUUCUAUGUU